AAACUUAAAGAAGAAGAAUCUUUGACACUACAGCUGGCCCUCUUGCCUGAAAACAACGACAGAAACAGAAAAUGAAAAUAGCACAAAUAUUUGUUUGAAUUUGUUAUAUUUUAGCGUUUUAAUCUCCAGGGUGACCAUCUGAAGUUGUAAACCAUGGAGCCGACAGCGCCCAAAGGCAAGCUGAAGAAACUGAGUGAAGACAGUCUCACAAAGCAACCAGAGGAGGUAUUUGAUGUUCUGGAAAAACUUGGUGAAGGGUCCUAUGGCAGUGUGUUUAAAGCCAUCCAUAAGGAGUCAGGCCAGGUGGUGGCUAUCAAACAGGUGCCUGUUGAGUCAGACCUCCAGGAGAUCAUCAAGGAGAUAUCCAUCAUGCAGCAGUGUGACAGUCCCUAUGUGGUGAAGUACUAUGGCAGCUACUUUAAGAACACAGACCUGUGGAUAGUGAUGGAGUACUGUGGAGCCGGCUCUGUUUCAGACAUCAUCAGACUACGCAAUAAGACGCUCACAGAGGAUGAGAUCGCCACCAUCCUCAAGUCCACAUUGAAAGGUCUGGARUAUCUGCAUUUCAUGAGGAAGAUCCACAGAGACAUCAAGGCAGGCAACAUUCUCCUCAACACAGAGGGCCAUGCCAAACUGGCUGACUUUGGAGUAGCGGGACAACUCACGGACACGAUGGCAAAGCGGAACACCGGUAAUCGGGACUCCGUUCUGGAUGGCUCCAGAGGUCUCCAGGAGAUAGGAUAUAACUGUGUGGCAGACAUCUGGUCCCUGGGCAUCACCUCUAUAGAGAUGGCUGAGGGCAAACCUCCCUACGCUGAUAUACAUCCCAUGAGGGCUAUUUUCAUGAUCCCAACCAACCCACCGCCUACGUUCAGGAAGCCUGAGCUGUGGACAGACGACUUCACACACUUUGUAAAGAAAUGUCUGGUGAAGAACCCAGAACAGAGAGCUACAGCCACGAAGAGGAGGUGGAGGUGGACUCCCACACCAUGGUGAAGUCUGGGUCAGAGGGGGCUGGCACCAUGAGAGCWACCAGCACCAUGAGUGACGGAGCUCAGACCAUGAUCGAGCACGGCAGUACCAUGUUAGAGGCAGACCUGGGAACCAUGGUCAUCAACAGUGAUGAGGAGGAGGAGGACAACGACGAAGGCUCCAUGAGGAGAGCUGCGUCAGCGCUACACCGCCAAGAGACAACCCAUCCUCGACGCAAUGGACGCCAAGAAACGCAGACAGCAGAACUUCUGAAGAGCCUGAGGAACACUUUCUGACCUGGGCCCGUGUUCAUACAGCGUCUCACAUUCCAGAGUGCUGAUCUAUGUGGUCCACUUUCCAUGUAAUCUUAUUCCUUAUGAUCUAAAAGGCAGAACUGAUGCUAGAUCAGCACUCUGGCAGCAGAAUGCUGAGGACCUUAGAGAAGGCAUUCUGACCUGGUGCUUUCUGACCUGACCAAGGGAGAGGAGAGACCUGACAGCUGUCUGGAAUUAAAUGUCCUCCAUUUUGUCUCUCAUCACCACCCCAGUAGUCAGUGUGACCUGGAGUUAUCCUAUCUUCCCAUGGCUCUGCUGGCCCUCAGGACUAUUUUAAACUAUUAUUGGGCUGUUAAUUAUGAACCUGUAGGUA